GCAAUGGCAGAAGUAGUUCCCGUUACAGCUCGACUGUCCCUGCUCCCUUGAACCAAGGCACGUCCUCCAUAAAACCUCCGUUCCCCCACAGUAGCUCCGUCACUCUCUUCUUCCUUCACCUCCAUCUCCUCUUUGCUCCACCUGAUUUCCACGAGCUUCUUCUGUUGUUCACUUCUUCAUACAUACAAUUCCUCUUUGGAACUUGCCUGUGCUUCUUCUCUAGAACUUUUUUCACCACAAUCCGCCAAAAUGCCCGAGAUCAACACCCUCCUGUUCGAUUGCGACAACACCCUCGUCCUCUCUGAGGAGCUUGCCUUCGAGGCUUGCGCUGGUCUCAUUAACGAGAUAUGUGAGGCUCGUCAAGUUGAGAUGCGCUUCACUGGCGAGACCCUCAUCAAGGAGUUCGUUGGCCAGAACUUCCGCGGCAUGCUCACCACCCUCCAGAAGAACUAUAAUAUCGAGAUCUCACCCGAGGACAUGGAGACCUAUGUUCGAAAGGAGGAGGACGCCGUCAUUGCCAAGCUCAAGGAAUCUCUCCGACCUUGCGUUGGUGUUGAUGAGCAGCUCGAGAAGCUCGCUGCUUCUGGCAAGUACACCAUGUCCGUGGUCUCUUCCUCUGCCCUCCGUCGUGUCCGUGCCUCCAUCGAGAAGGUCGGCCAGGACAAGUACUUCCAGGGCGAUGUCGUCUUCUCUGCCGCCACAAGUCUCGAGAAGCCCACUAGCAAGCCUGAUCCCGCUAUCUACCUCCACGCUCUAGAGAAACUUGGCAAGAAGGCCGAGGAGGCUGUCGCUAUUGAGGACAGCAAGAGCGGCACCCUUAGCGGUACUCGUGCUGGUAUCAAGGUUAUUGGUUAUGUUGGCCCUUAUGCUGAAGACAAGCAGCCCGAGAUGGAGAAGACUUUGAGGGAUGCUGGAGCCGUUGUCAUCAUGCGACACUGGUCCGAGUUCCCUGCUGCUCUGCAGAAGAUUGAGGCUGGUGAGGUCUAAAGAAACGAGCUUGUUGUUGAAAUUGCUUUGAGGAAUACCCAAAAUACACAUCGGUUAAAUAGCGAAAGAGAUGGAGCAAAUCACCUAGAUCAAUUGAACUAAUAAACUUUACGAGUCCUUCACCCGGUCAUUAUAUGUGAGACAAUGUGAGGCUCUGAGACAUAAUUGAUUGUCUCAGAGCAACGUCAUCAUGUCUCAUGAUUGAUUUGUUGAUCCCGAUACAGUAUUUAUAUAAACUGCAUCACUUUCGCCAGUCCAUUAAAAAGCUGUUAACACUCUG